GCUGUAACUACUACUACGGUAUACUACCUGGUCUUGUGCGACUGAUCUCGGCCAAAGAGCAUGCGCAGAGGCGGCAACAAUGCCGAUGAAAAGGUGCACCCAGAAGACGUCAAAGCCCCGUCGACCUCGCGCGCCGCGUCGCCCGUCGUGCUUUCGUCGCUUCCAAGCCCUCCCCUUGAGCCUUCCACCGCCUUUGAGCGCCCAUAUGGCAGUGGUCGCGAAGUGGUGUGCUACGUGCUGUUCUUGGUCGCGUUUGUGAUUGUGACAGUGUACAACCAAGGCACGAUGUCGACGUUCUACUACACCGACACAAUCCGCCGGGCUAUCGUCGAAACGCCAUUCUCGUCGUCAGUGGGUUCCCUCGCCCAAGUGCAAACUGCACUUCCACUAGCCAACAACAACAACAACGCAGUGCCCCCUGCUGCCCAAUCUCCCCCCCUCACAUUUGACACGAUGCAGACGAUCCCGGACGUGUGGGACUGGCUGCAAGGUCCGUUGGUCGCGACACUUUACCCGUCGUCUCCACCGUCCGGGGGCGUGGCCCUGACCAACGCGAGGAUGGGGGGCCUUCGACUGCGCCAAGUGCGCGUGCAGCCCAACUCGUGCCAGGUGCAAGACGAGUACGUCAACUUGAUCUCGUACUGUUUUGGGCCCUUGUCAGCCGCCACUGAAAGCAGUCGGGGCUUUGGGCCGGUCCAGAACUCGCUCAACGUGUCGCAUGUGUCGGCGGGGGUGUUUGCCAAGUCAUUUUUUGGGCCAUCCCCUACGUACAACGACCUCAUGCAGUGCAUUCAGUCAUGCGCGGUGUCGGUGGGGUCGCUCUACGGGUUGGAUAAGGCCCAGUACGCUGCCGAAUACACCAACGAGUGUUCCCUUAGCUGCACUUGCUUUUACUCGGACAGCGGCAACGCCAACUGCAAAGUCGCUUCCGCCACGGCGCCCCCCUCGCUGCAAUACAUGUACACGUGGACAGAAGCUGUGGCCGACACCAUCGACGGGCUGCUCGGUCCGAUCCCAGGUUCGGGGUACGUUGUCGAUUUGCCUACCAACGGCACCAACGCCCAAAACAUCCUGCAAACGCUGCGGGCCAAUCAUUUCUUGGACGUGGCGACCCGCGCCGUCGUCAUCGAGUUUGCCGUGUUCAAUCCGUACUUGCAGCUGUUUGACAUGGUCACGGGCGUCGUCGAGUUUCCCCCCACGGGGGGCACCGUCGCCACCAUGCGAUCGUCCGUCCUCAAUGUGUACGGGUAUGGCCCUUCCACCGGUGCCAAAGUAUUUUUCGAGGUCGCCCUCGCGCUCGCCGUGACGUGUUAUGCCGGCGAAAUCCUCGUCCAAGUGUACCGCCGGCCCGUGAUGGAGUACUUGUCGUCCUCUGGGUGGACUCAAUUGCAUGGGGUCAACAUUGCCCUGUUUAUCACGGUGAUCACGCUGCGUCUUGUGGCUAUUAACGCCGUUUAUGGCAACAAUAAUACAGCCACUAUCAACUUGAACACGGCUGCCCCCACCGAUUUGUUUCGGUACUUGACGUCGUUGGCCAAGAUGAAGGACCUCGAACGCUCGAUCAAUGCCGUGAAUGCGACACUCAUGUGGCUCGGAUUACUCAAAUAUACCCAAAUAUCUCGGCGAAUGUACGUAUUGGUGCAAGUCCUUAGCCAAGCCAUGGCCGACCUACUUAGCUGCGUCGUGCUGUUUUUCAUCUGCCUUGUCGGGUAUGCCCAGGCUGGUUUUCUCGCGUUUUCUACCACAGCGCCGUCGUUCCGAACGUUUGGGCAGUCGGUGGUCUCGGUGCUGGAAGCACUGACGUUCCGCCUCGACUAUGCCGAGCUCGUCCACGCAAACGCGGCGAUCGCGCCCGUGUACUUUGUGUCGUUUUACAUUGUUCUCGUGCUGGUGGUCGUGAAUAUCUUUGUGGCGAUCCUCCAAGAUGCGUUUACGACAGUGCACAAACAGCAGACGGCGCUGAAGACCAAGCAACCGGCGGUUCGGUUCCCGUUUGCGACUGGCGUGUGGCCCACCGUCGUGUUUUACAUCAAGCGGCAAUGGGUGGCGGUCAAGUACGGCGCGGGGGCCGCCGCCAAGCUGGCGAUGCCCUCCGACACCAAGGGGGGAGCAGGGGACGACGCCGACUUUGGGAGCGCGGGGGGCGCCCUGCACCCGUACAUGGCGAUGGAAAUGCAAGCUCUCAGUGAAAAGUUGACGACCAUGAUGCGUGCCCACGACGAAAAGAGAGGCAAGCUCGACAAAAUCGAGGUAAUGCUGCGGUCCAUUGAAGACACGUGCGUCGAGCUCAAGACUGAGAAAGACAAGCUCGCCACGUCGUUGUAGUGCAAGCAGUUGAAGCGUUGAAACUUGGCUGCUGUGCUCUGAACAUGCAUACUAAUUAGUACUUCGAGAUCGACAGUAGUUAACUGAGUAAUGUGAAAUGGCGGCCAAGGCUUACUCGUCG